UUGCUAGUUGUGCGGGGUGAAGUGGGGCUCGCGGUUGGUAUACUGUGCUUCAGUUGCGUCCAGGCAGACAGAGUGACGACACGCGCGCGCGGCUCUUCGAGCUAUAACUACGGAAAAAUCUGUGACAAAAUGCGACAUUAUCGAUGCUCAAAAAUAAUUUCGAUGGUGCGAUCAACCAGUUCUUCCCAGGAGUCAAACCUGAACACCAAUUAUUAUGAGCUGCCUUUAUCUACUACGAACGAAAAUAACUCUUUGAAUAAUGCGGAUCUUCAUAACAGCUCAGACAGCAUCCUGGAUUUUGAUUCAGAUGAUUCAUUUUUUGAUAAAAAUUAUUUACCCUCAAGUUUAGAUCAGUCAAAAUGUUCAGAAGAUCCAGAUUCUUCUACAAAUACCACACCCCAAUCACCGUCAAUUAACGUCACUGUUCCUGAGUCACCUGAAGUCUCAAGCGACGAAGAUACGCCACAAAAUUUCACAAAAAAGGGGACUAUCAGAAAACGUAAGAAGUAUGAUGAAUCACCGGCGCAGAGAAAACAAAUUAAAAAACUGAAAGAUAUGGAAUCUAAAUAUAAACUUAAGCCAGGAGGCACCCACAUCAUUUAUUAUAAGACUGCUUUCCACAAUGAAGAAGAAUACUCACUUGAAUUUCUGAGAUUAAAAAAUAUAAAAUCUGGGAUACCACCUCCAAAACCAAAAAAUCAGUAUAGAGGCAUUAGUCAAGAGCGCAAGACAGCGAUCAUACAAAAACUGACUCCCUUAAUGCCAGACAACAGAAAAUCGUUUUGGUAUAAUCUACCUACUGAUAAAAAUAGUGUUGAUCUGACUCAAGUUGAUGAAGACUAA